AUGGAACAUUUAUCGAUUCAAUUAAAUGAUUUACCAGAUGAGAUUAUUGUAUUUAUUUUGAGAAAAUUGUAUGAUGCCGAAGUACUCUAUUCAUUUAUAGGAGUUAAUAAACGACUCACUACAAUUACACAUGAUUCAAUUUUUACAAGUCACUUAACAUUAACAUAUUUCUCAGAUGGUUUCUCCUAUCCACUACCUGAUCCAAUGCUUGAUCGAUUUUGUUUAAAAAUUUUACAUGAAAUUCAUCAUAAAAUUAAAUGGCUUAAUCUUGAAUCAACAUCUAUGCAACGUAUUCUUCGUGCUACAAACUAUCCUAAUUUAUAUGGACUUGGUUUAUAUGGUAUUGAUGUAGAAGAAGCCAUAUCUCUCUUUACCGGUAAGCUAUUUUAAUACUGAAUAAAUGAUAAGCACAUCAAAAUUGAUUAUAAUUCGUUUCAUU